GUUGUGUCGUAUUUCCCUGCCUUGUCCUGAAACUGAAUCCACUCUACCAACUGUAAACGUUGAUUUCUUUAUGCUAUCUAGUGGUGGAGUGAGUUUGUACGACAAAUUCUUGAUCGGAAAAAGAUGGCGGCCAUUGCAGUGCCUUCACCGAAAUCUUCUCCAUUGACAUCCCGGGAGCUGAAUUCCAGUUUUGUUAGUGGGUCGCCGUUAAAGAGUGUGUGCUUUCCAGUGAUACCCAAUAGAAGGAAGGACAGAAAUGAAGUGAGUUUGGUCGUUGCUGCCGCCGCAGCUAGCGGCCAGGCUGGUCCUGGAGGGAGAUUUUACUUCAACUUCACUGGCUUUCCCUUCCCCCUUGGUCCUUUUCUCAACCGCCGUACUAUAAGAUACGAGGCUGUGAAGGAUAGCAUAUGGCUGUUUGAGCAAGAGCAAGCGCUGGGUUUCAGUAGUGUGUCAACAAACAUUCGAAUGACGGUUAUCAAGCUGAAGUCAGGGGGAUUAUGGGUUCAUGCCCCUAUUGCUCCAACCAAAGAGUGCAUCCAGCUUCUGAAAGAAUUAGGUGCUCCUGUGGAAUACAUAAUCCUACCUACAUUUGCAUAUGAGCAUAAAAUAUUUGUUGGUCCAUUUUCAAGAAAGUUUCCUAAAGCACAGGUGUGGGUGGCACCUAGGCAGUGGAGCUGGCCCUUGAAUUUGCCCCUCGAAUUUUUUGGGAUUUUUCGUGCCAAAACAUUGAAGGAUGAGGAUGCAUCUGCCCCAUGGGCUGAUGAAAUCGAACAGAAAGUUUUGAGCUCUCCUGAAGUUGGAAUUGGACCUUAUGUUGAGGUAGCAUUCUAUCAUAAGCGCACGAGGACACUACUAGUGACUGAUGCUGUAAUAUAUGUUCCUAGACAGCCUCCUGAAUGUAUUAGCAAAGACUCGUUACUAUCAUCUGCAAAGAAUGGCUUGGCUGUCAAAAUUCUAAGUAAAGGUAAAGAAGUCCCUGAUGAACCAGUUGUUGACAACAAGAUGAACAGACAAAAGGGAUGGGAAAGAAUGGUCCUUCAGAUCUUGUUUCUUGGCCCCUCAAAUCUGUUGGAGCCCAAUGCUAGCUUUUCUCAAAUGUCACAGAAGCUGAUCGUCUCGCCCAUUGUAAAGACUCUAGUCUUCAGCAAAGUUCCUGAAAAGGUCCAAGAUUGGAUUGAUCGAAUUGCACGGGACUGGAGGUUCAAGAGAAUAAUCCCCGCUCACUUUGCUGCCCCAAUUAAUGCGAGCAGAUCCGAGUUUUUAGCAGCAUUUGCCUUUCUCGAUGAUCUUUUGGGUGAACGCUAUGUUACACGCCCUUCCCUAUCCCUUCUUUUCACAUCACUUCUGGGAAAGGCUGCCAGUUAUUUCCCCCCAGACGACAUGAGGACCCUAUCAUCUCUCGAUCAGUUCUUGGUAUCAGUGGGAGCUGUGAAGAAGACCGUCUCAGGUCGUAAGAAGUGAUAAACACCAGUUACAAACUAAUGGUAAAUUUUGUAGAUAGCUUUAGUAUACUUGUUUGAACGUCACUACCAUCGUACGGAAAAUCUGGUAAAACAUAGCUGUUGCACCGGGACAGCAUGCUUAUUCAUUUUAAAGUGCCAGAAAAACAAUGGUGUAAACUGUAAAACCCACACAUCAGCUACUAAAUCUGAUACCCCUGUUUGUAUUCAUAAGCAAUUGAAAGCACAAUUUUUACAUUUAAAAAUAGUAUUGAUAUGAAACUUUGGAGCUUGUACUAA